CUCAGAUUGGAACCUCGCCACCCCCCCUUCGGCUAAAACCAAAUCUCAGAUAAAGUAAUGGCAAAUACCACUUGGACUAUAAAACACAACAAAUCAUAACACACGGACAAUAACACUGGCCACCCCAUGAGUUCCUAUUUCGUCAACUCAACUUUUCCCGUGUCUCUACCCGGAGGACAGGAGUCUUUCUUGGGUCAGAUACCGCUAUAUUCCUCUGGAUAUACAGAUUCUUUAAGACAUUAUCCAAGCGCUACGUUCGGAGCUACCAAUGUCCAAGACAAGGUUUACACCUCCUCGUAUUAUCAGCAAGCUGGGGGUGUUUUUGGGAGAAGCGGAUCCACCAGUGCUUGUGACUACUCAACACCCAAUAUUUACCGAUCCGCUGACCGCUCGUGCGCUAUUGGAAGUCUGGAAGACUCGCUGGUCCUAACCCAGGACCAGUGCAAGACGGACUGCACAGAACAGGGCACAGAGAGAUAUUUUAGCACUGAAGAUAAACCAUGUACCCCGGUUUACCCGUGGAUGCAGAGGAUGAACUCAUGUAAUGGAAUGCCUGGCAGCACUGGCCGCAGGGGUCGUCAAACCUACACUCGGUUUCAGACUCUUGAACUGGAAAAGGAGUUCCACUUUAACAGAUAUUUGACAAGAAGGCGAAGAAUUGAAAUAUCGCACGCUCUGUGUUUGACGGAACGACAGAUCAAGAUAUGGUUCCAAAACCGCAGAAUGAAAUGGAAAAAGGAGAAUAAAGCAGUGAACUCGGCAAAGGUCAGCGAUGAGGAAGAUGGUGGAAAGGCUGGAUAAAUGCUAAAAAACAGCUUAUGACGAAGCCCUAGAAACACUGUACAUAACAUGUAGAAUGUAGUUUUAAUUAAUACAUACAUGUUCUUUCCAACAAGAAAAAAAACUACCUAAUAAGUGUUAUGUCGACUCCAAAAUGCUUCAAGAGAGAUUUCUUUCUUAUAAAAACAGGCAUCGAACUCACCUCUG